AUGAGCCCCGCGCCCCCCAAUAAGGGCAAGGCUCCCAUAACCGAUGAUGGAGACCUGUCAGACGGCUCGUCUCAACCAAGCAAUACCGAGUGCGUAGAUACCAAAGCCAUCUCCCCUCAACUUCAAGAAGGGGAUAAAAAGCCGGAUCCGGUUGGUUUCGCUCAACCCCCGUCUCGAAGCUCUCUGCGGGCCACCCAAGAGAUGCAAGGCGAGAAAUCUGUCAAGCUAGAACGACUUUCACCAGAUCUGAAGCGAGGAAUCAGCACAGACUCAGUCGCGUUUGAUGUCGAGUUUGCUCAUUCGGAAACUGGCCGCGAAUCCUUCUCACCUCUAGAUUUGACGAUGAUUAAGAAGACAAAGAAGAAAAAGAAGGUCAUAGAUACGGGCGCUGAUGAGCUUGACGCAGCCUAUGCGGCUGCGCCGAGGGAUGACGCCGUAAACCUCUUAUUGGAUGCCGACCGAAAAGUCAAGUCAGAAUUCUCACAGAGUGAUAUUACGAUCCAGCCUGGACAGGUCUCCGGUCACCCAUCGCUUGAGAGAUCAAGAAGGAUGUCUGAAGGCGACACCGAGGGCAGCGCGUCCAAUGCAGAGGAUGAGCCAGAGAAUCAGAACGAAGACCCUACAAAGAAGGUCCAACGCCUCAUAGUCGAUAGGAUCAUGUCCUCAUUCAUGGGUUGGCUUGAAAUAAAGAAGCAAGUCAAGCAAGAGGAGGAGGAGCAAGAGAGUGAAUCGCAAAUAGAGGAAGUCUUGUUGGAAGCUGCCCCUGGCGGCGAUGCUGCUGCAGAUGAUGCUGUCUCCGAGUCCAGUCCAACAAUGUUGGCAACGCAACGAGCUCAUCAAGAGGACAUGAACCCGAAAGCUUCAUGUAUCGUCAAGUUCCAGCUCCCGGUGCUCCUGCACCCGUCACUCGCCACAGGAACUCAAACGUUGCUCUCCCACCGCCACCACCGCCAGGCUCAUCGAUGA